GUUGAGGUCGCUGUCGUCGCAAGUUGCAUACAUACUCUCGUGCACGCGGGUGUUCUUGCAAAGUAAAAUGGCGGAAGGCGUUUCUUCAAGUUCUGCUUCCGAGGGCAUUAACCUCGUUGAAACUCAUUUGGGCAACGAGUAUGACUCUAGCUUCGAGUACGACAGCGAAGCUGAGCGUAAACGCCUGGAUAGAGAAGAUUUGGCGGUCGCCGUGCAGGCAAAACGAGACGCAAAAGCUUCACGCAAAGUGGUGUCCACCGAGUAUGACAAGGAAGAGAAGCGUCGGGAACGGCACUGCUUCCUCGCUCUGGACGCUUACACACGCCACAAGAAACUGAUCAACGAUUACCUUUUAUGUUACCCAGGUACUACUGCGAAGCUGAAACGUGAUGCCAGUCGGGAUCGCACUGAUUUCGAUAUCAUACGCGAGAACCACAGGUUCCUCUGGGACGAAACGGCCGACGACAUCGACAGCUGGGAGAAACAGCUCGCGAAGCGCUACUACGACAAAUUAUUCAAGGAAUACUGCAUCUGUGACCUUACUUAUUACAAAGCGAAUAAGAUCGCCAUGCGUUGGCGAACUGAGCAAGAGGUGAUUGAUGGGACGGGACAGUUCUCGUGCGGCGAAAAGAAGUGUAAAUGCUCCGAAGGCAUGCGCACCUGGGAAGUGAACUUCGCGUACUUGGAGCAAAACGAGAAAAAGAACGCUUUAGUGAAGCUCAGACUUUGCAGCGAAUGUUCCUUCAAGCUAAAUUAUCGUUUCCAGCGCAAAGAGCUAACGAAACAACCGGAAAAGAGGAAGGUUGGCAGUGCCGACGAAAAUGAGUCCGGUGGAAAGAAAUCUCGUCCGAGUGGAAGUGCGGUGGUUGAUGCUCCGCCGGCAGAGAAAAGCGGAGGCGAGGAAGUGUCAGCGAAAGAGGAAGAAGAGAAUAUCUGGGCCAAGCCGAAUGUUAUCGACGCGGAGAAGAGUCAAGAAGAGGAGUUUGACGCGUACCUGGCAGACAUGUUUAUGUGAUAGAACCGCGACACCGAAUGAAAUAAAGAUUCGCAAAUUUGUGUACACGUA